GUCUGUUGCGCAGGCGCAACAGGCUCCUCCUCCCGCGCAACUGACGCAAGAAGACUGUAAUCGGUUCGCAAUUUAUCCCGUGUGACCUUGAGUCUUUCCUGUCGCCGAGGACCGGGGCUGUCCGAGAUACCGCCUUCAUACCCCUCUUCCUUCCCUGGACUCUUUCUGAGCUCAGAGCCGCCGCAGCCGGGACAGAAGGGCAGGCUUUCUCCAACCGUCAUGCUGCGGAGCAUAUUACAUGUACGCCCUGGCUCCGGGAGCGGCAGUCGAGUAUCCUCUGGUCAGGCGGCGCGGGCGGCGCCUCAGCGCAAGAGCGGGCCUCUGGGCCGCAGUGACCAACCCCCGCCCCUCACCCCACGUGGUUGGAGGUUUCCAGAAGCGCUGCCGCCACCGCAUCGCGCAGCCCUUAGCCGUCGGAGCGGUUGUUUGCUGCCUCGUACUCUUCCAUUUAUCCGCCAUGAUAAGUGCCAGCCGAGCUGCAGCAGCCCGUCUCGUGGGCGCCGCAGCCUCCCGGGGCCCUACGGCCGCCCGCCACCAGGAUAGCUGGAAUGGCCUUAGUCAUGAGGCUUUUAGAAUUGUUUCAAGGCGGGAUUAUGCAUCAGAAGCAAUCAAGGGAGCAGUUGUUGGUAUUGAUUUGGGUACUACCAACUCCUGCGUGGCAGUUAUGGAAGGUAAACAAGCAAAGGUGCUGGAGAAUGCCGAAGGUGCCAGAACCACCCCUUCAGUUGUGGCCUUUACAGCAGAUGGUGAGCGACUUGUUGGAAUGCCGGCCAAGCGACAGGCUGUCACCAACCCAAACAAUACAUUUUAUGCUACCAAGCGUCUCAUUGGCCGGCGAUAUGAUGAUCCUGAAGUACAGAAAGACAUUAAAAAUGUUCCCUUUAAAAUUGUCCGUGCCUCCAAUGGUGAUGCCUGGGUUGAGGCUCAUGGGAAAUUGUAUUCUCCGAGUCAGAUUGGAGCAUUUGUGUUGAUGAAGAUGAAAGAGACUGCAGAAAAUUACUUGGGGCACACAGCAAAAAAUGCUGUGAUCACAGUCCCAGCUUAUUUCAAUGACUCGCAGAGACAGGCCACUAAAGAUGCUGGCCAGAUAUCUGGACUGAAUGUGCUUCGGGUGAUUAAUGAGCCCACAGCUGCUGCUCUUGCCUAUGGUCUAGACAAAUCAGAAGACAAAGUCAUUGCUGUAUAUGAUUUAGGUGGUGGAACUUUUGAUAUUUCUAUCCUGGAAAUUCAGAAAGGAGUAUUUGAGGUGAAAUCCACAAAUGGGGAUACCUUCUUAGGUGGGGAAGACUUUGACCAGGCCUUGCUACGGCACAUUGUGAAGGAGUUCAAGAGAGAGACAGGGGUUGAUUUGACUAAAGACAACAUGGCACUUCAGAGGGUACGGGAAGCUGCUGAAAAGGCUAAAUGUGAACUCUCCUCAUCUGUGCAGACUGACAUCAAUUUGCCCUAUCUUACAAUGGAUUCUUCUGGACCCAAGCAUUUGAAUAUGAAGUUGACCCGUGCUCAAUUUGAAGGGAUUGUCACUGAUCUAAUCAGAAGGACUAUCGCUCCAUGCCAAAAAGCUAUGCAAGAUGCAGAAGUCAGCAAGAGUGACAUAGGAGAAGUGAUUCUUGUGGGUGGCAUGACUAGGAUGCCCAAGGUUCAGCAGACUGUACAGGAUCUUUUUGGCAGAGCCCCAAGUAAAGCUGUCAAUCCUGAUGAGGCUGUGGCCAUUGGAGCUGCCAUUCAGGGAGGUGUGUUGGCCGGCGAUGUCACGGAUGUGCUGCUCCUUGAUGUCACUCCCCUGUCUCUGGGUAUUGAAACUCUAGGAGGUGUCUUUACCAAACUUAUUAAUAGGAAUACCACUAUUCCAACCAAGAAGAGCCAGGUAUUCUCUACUGCCGCUGAUGGUCAAACGCAAGUGGAAAUUAAAGUGUGUCAGGGUGAAAGAGAGAUGGCUGGAGACAACAAACUCCUUGGACAGUUUACUUUGAUUGGAAUUCCACCAGCCCCUCGUGGAGUUCCUCAGAUUGAAGUUACAUUUGACAUUGAUGCCAAUGGGAUAGUACAUGUUUCUGCUAAAGAUAAAGGCACAGGACGUGAGCAGCAGAUUGUAAUCCAGUCUUCUGGUGGAUUAAGCAAAGAUGAUAUUGAAAAUAUGGUUAAAAAUGCAGAGAAAUAUGCUGAAGAAGACCGGCGAAAGAAGGAACGAGUUGAAGCAGUUAAUAUGGCUGAAGGAAUCAUUCACGACACAGAAACCAAGAUGGAAGAAUUCAAGGACCAAUUACCUGCUGAUGAGUGCAACAAGCUGAAAGAAGAGAUUUCCAAAAUGAGGGAGCUCCUGGCUAGAAAAGACAGCGAAACAGGAGAAAAUAUUAGACAGGCAGCAUCCUCUCUUCAGCAGGCAUCAUUGAAGCUGUUCGAAAUGGCAUACAAAAAGAUGGCAUCUGAGCGAGAAGGCUCUGGAAGUUCUGGCACUGGGGAACAAAAGGAAGAUCAAAAGGAGGAAAAACAGUAAUAAUAGCAGAAAUUUUGAAGCCAGAAGGACAACAUAUGAAGCUUAGGAGUGAAGAGACUUCCUGAGCAGAAAUGGGCGAACUUCAGUCUUUUUACUGUGUUUUUGCAGUAUUCUAUAUAUAAUUUCCUUAAUUUGUAAAUUUAGUGACCAUUAGCUAGUGAUCAUUUAAUGGACAGUGAUUCUAACAGUAUAAAGUUCACAAUAUUCUAUGUCCCUAGCCUGUCAUUUUUCAGCUGCAUGUAAAAGGAGGUAGGAUGAAUUGAUCAUGAAGAUUUAACUAUUUUAUGCUGAAGUGACCAUAUUUUCAAAGGGUGAAACCAUCUCGCACACAGCAAUGAAGGUAGUCAUCCAUAGACUUGAAAUGAGACCACAUAUGGGGAUGAGAUCCUUCUAGUUAGCCUAGUACUGCUGUACUGGCCUGUAUGUACAUGGGGUCCUUCAACUGAGGCCUUGCAAGUCAAGCUGGCUGUGCCAUGUUUGUAGAUGGGGCAGAGGAAUCUAGAACAAUGGGAAACUUAGCUAUUUAUAUUAGGUACAGCUAUUAAAACAAGGUAGGAAUGAGGCUAGACCUUUAACUUCCCUAAGGCAUACUUUUCUAGCUACCUUCUGCCCUGUGUCUGGCACCUACAUCCUUGAUGAUUGUUCUCUUACCCAUUCUGGAAUUUUUUUUUUUUUAAAUAAAUACAGAAAGCAUCUUGA